AUGAUUUCUAAGCGAAUUUUACAUAUAGCUCAACUAAGUGCUGUUGGUUUAGUGGGGUAUUACUUUGGACAAAACGACAAAUUAUGUGGAAAUAAAGAAGAUUCUAUUGUGAUCGAUGGAAAGAAACUUAGAAGCAUGCCUGGCCUGCCAAUAUUUGGCACGGUUUCAGCAGCCACACCAUAUACGGAAGGCGGUAUAGCAAAAGAUAGAGUCUCUCAAAUAAUGAAAUAUGGGUUCCCUGGCUUAGAUAAUGUGCGCUCAUAUGAUGAUUUUGUAUUGUCUUAUGAUCGUCGAAAUAGGGUACCACACUGGGUAUUUGAGCACAUUACCAAAGAACAUGUGAUGAAGAAUGAUGCAGUGGAUAGAAGCAAGUGUGACUUUAAGCCAGAUGAAAGCAUACAUCCAUUCUUUAGAUCUCAAAAUACUGAUUACAAAGGAUCAGGUUUUGACCGAGGACAUAUGGCAGCAGCAGGCAACCACCGUCUUGCACAGACUCAUGUAGACCAAACAUUUUUCCUUACCAAUAUGGCUCCACAGGUUGGUGAAGGAUUUAACAGGCAUGCAUGGAAUCGCUUAGAGAAACAUGUUAGAAAGUUAACAAAAGUAUACACCAAUGUGUACUGUUGUACAGGACCUUUAUAUCUCCCCAGAAGAGAAGCAGAUGGGAAAUCCUAUGUUAAAUAUCAAGUGAUAGGGGCUAAUACUGUGGCUGUCCCUACACAUUUCUAUAAAGUGGUAGUAGCUGAGGCCCCCGAUGGUACACUAGAUAUGGAGUCUUAUGUCAUGCCUAAUCAGAAAAUCCCCGACGAAACUCCAGUUUCAUCUUUUAUGGUUUCUCCCGAGACAAUUGAACGAGCAGCAGGUUUACUGUUCUUUGAUAAAAUUCAUAGGAGUAAACUUAACAGGAUUAACGGAAAGAAAGUA